UAGCUGUUUGACAGAUUUGAAAGAGUCUAAAAGUGGAUUAAGGAUGAAUGAGUUACUCGUCAAAUGUCUGCUCUAUGCCGACGAUCAGGUUAUACUGGCGUCAUCAGCGGAGGAGUUACAGGAGAUGGUAAACUGUAUGCAUGAAGCUUUAAAAGAGAAAGGAAUGAAAGUGAACGUAAGUAAAACUAAAACACUGGUUUUUGAAAUGGAGAAAGAAAUGACAGCAUGUAAUAUUUUGAUUGGAGGAGAAAAAGUGGAGCAAGUGAAAGAGUUUGUAUAUCUAGGAUCAAAGUUUACAUCAGAUGGCAAGUAUGAUAGUGAUAUUGAAAGGAGAGUGAACGCGGGGAACAUGGUGAAUGGAGCUUUGCAUGCCUUUAUGAGCAGUCAGAAACUAUCCAAAAAGGCUCGACUGGCUGUGCACAGGGGCGUGUUGGUCCCGACAUUAAUGUAUGGGAGUGAAAGUUGGGUAUGGCAAAAGAAGCAUGAAAGCAGAAUAAAUGCAGUGGAAAUGAGAGCGUUAAGGAGUAUGAUGGGUGUGAAAUUGAGUGACAGGAUAAGGAACAGCGUGAUAAGGGAAUGUUGUGAUGUGAAAGAAGAUGUAGUUACAGGAAUAGAAAAGGGUAUGUUAAGAUGGUUCGGUCAUGUGGAGAGGAUGAAUGAAAGCAGGUUGACUAAGCAGAUAUACAAGGAGAGUGUGGAGGGAAAGGUCGGAGUGGGAAGACCUAGACGAACGUAUCUUGAUCAAAUUAAGGACGUCCUGGUAAAGGGUCAGGUCAAAAGUACCCGAAACCGCCGAGCUUGUAUGAAGAGAGUUAUGAAUGUGGACGAAGCGAAAGAAGUAUGCAGAGAUCGUGGCAAGUGGAAAGAGGUAGUCUCUGCCUACCCCUCCGGGAAAGAGGCGUGAUUGUAUGUAUGUAUAUAUGUAUGUAUAUAUAUAUAUAUAUAUAUAUAUAUAUAUAUAUAUAUAUAUAUAUAUAUAUAUAUAU